CCAAAAAUUGUACAUGCACAAUAAUGUAAAUAUUAAUAAUUAUUGUAAUCAUUUCUGGGCCAGUGAAGCAUGGCGUAAGAAUGGCGACCAAGGAAGAAGCCUUUGAUUGGCCUUGGCAGUACAAUUUCCCACCUUUCUUCACAUUGCAGACGAAUGCAGAUACUCAGAGCAAGCAAAUCGCUGCCUGGUGUGAUUUGGUCUUGUCGUACUAUCGUCAAAGCAAGCAGUACAUAUUGGAUGUGACUGAGGCGCAAUCAUCACCACUCUUUCAUAAUGCAGUGAUAAAUCGUAAAUUGCCAUUGGAGGCUGUCAAUGUAGUUUUGUCUUCCCUGGAAAGAAAAGGUCACGUGGAAUGGGAGGAUGCAACCAAGCGCACACGUUGCUAUGUCAUGUGGCGGACACCGGAGGAAUGGGCUGCACUCAUCUUCCAAUGGGUAGCCAGCAAAGGAUUCACCAACACGGUGUGCACCUAUUAUGACUUGCAUUCAGGAGAUGAUGCAGCAGAUCAAGAAUUUUUCGGCAUGGACCUGUGGAUGUUGAAGAAGUCCCUGCGUGUGCUUCAAACACAAGGCAAGGCGGAGCUCAUGCAGGGCACCCAAGCUGACGACUCUGACGGCGGGAUCAAGUUCUUCUCAUGAACAAGAUCAGACACGGCAACUUCUCACUCCACUAUACAACACAUGUACAUUGAUAUUGUACAUAUUGAAGCUGUGCACCUCUUGCUGCUACCAUUGCUACACCAUACCACAACAUAGCACUGCACUGCGCAAGAUUCUUAAAAACAUUGAACGUGUAAAAACAUUGAACGUGUUUAUUCUGCUAGAAUGGAGAAAAGCCCACAAAAUAAGUACAGUUAUAAUGCAUUGAGCAUGAAGUUACAAACCAGUUGUUUUCAUGGGAUAUCAUGAUACUUUCAUGAGAGGAGUUGAUAUGGUGGAUGAUCAAGCAUAAAAAUUCUUUUUGAUGUUUUCAAUCAAGAUUUUGUACAAUCAUCUAGAAGUUAACUUUUUUUUUUAAAUUUUGAGAAUUGAACAGCUAUGAAAAGAAUGUAUGAGCACUGGAGGAUAUGCCCAUCAAGUUGAAAAGGAUAAAAAAAAACACUUGCCUAGUA